GAGAAAUGGAGAGCAGUAAGCUGUGCCGUCGGCUGUAAAAAUUGUCGGAGAGAGAUUUUCAAACUCUUAUCAGUUUUUUUCAUCCAUCUCUGUGUUCUCUUUCAGUUUCUUUUUUAAACUUUCAGACUCCUGAAUCUCUGACCUUUCCUCCUGAAGAUCCUCGCCCGACAUCCCGAGUCUAGGGUUUUCCUUUCCCUAUAUCCACGCGAGAUCUCUUAGAUUGGCUGCGAUCUACUUAGUUGGAGUUUGGUGGAAGAUACGACAGUUGAUUUGAGAAAAAUGGACACAAUCGAGGAAUUGUCAGAGCUUUCUGAGUCGAUGCGGCAAGCGUCGUUCUUGCUUGCGGACGAAGAUUUAGAUGAAACCUCCUCGUCUUCCUCUUCAAAGCGACCAUCAACUUUCCUCAAUGUCGUCGCUCUCGGAAACACUGGUGCCGGUAAAUCAGCUGUAUUGAAUAGUCUAAUUGGACAUCCUGCUUUGCCAACUGGGGAAGGUGGUGCUACUCGUGCCCCUAUAUGUAUUGAUCUAAAGAGAGAUAGAUCAAUGAACAGCAAAUCAAUAGCGAUGAUGAUUGACAGUAGACCUAAACCAGUAACUACAAGUGCUCUUAGGCACUCUUUACAGGACAGACUAAGCAAGAUUUCGAGCAAGAGUCGGGAUGAGAUAUAUUUGAGGCUUCUAACAAGUACAGCACCACCAUUGAAGCUGGUUGAUUUACCUGGUGUAGAUAAAUCAAAUCUUGAUGAUUCUUUGAGUGAAUAUGUCCAGCACAAUGAUGCAAUCUUGUUGAUCGUAAUACCUGCUUCACAGGCUCCAGAAGUUGCCACAUCAAAAGCUAUACGAAUUGCAAAAGAAUAUGAUGGUGAAUGUACCAGAACUGUUGGUGUCAUCACAAAGAUAGAUCAAGCAUCUUCUGAACCAAAAGUCCUUGCUGCUGUUCAAGCUCUUUUGUUGAAUCAGGGACCACGAAGUACAUCUGAUAUUCCUUGGGUUGCCUUGAUUGGACAAUCUGUUUCCAUUGCUUCUGCUCAGUCUGGAAGCAGUGGAUCUGACAACUCUUUGGAGACUGCAUGGCAAGCUGAGAGUGAGAGUCUAAAAUCUAUUCUGACAGGAGCUCCACAGAGCAAGCUAGGGAGAUUAGCUUUGGUGGAGACACUUGCUGACCAGAUUAGAAGUCGAAUGAAAAUUAGACUUCCAAAUCUUCUUUCAGGGCUUCAAGUAAAGUCUCAAGUUAUUCAAGAUGAAUUGGUAAGGCUUGGUGAGCGCAUGGUUAACAGUGCUGAAGGUAGUAGGGCAUUAGCACUAGAGCUUUGUCGUGAAUUUGAGGAUAAGUUUCUGCUACAUAUUACCGGUGGUGAGGGUGAUGGCUGGAAAGUAGUUGCAAGUUUUGAGGGCAACUUCCCCAAUAGGAUUAAACAACUUCCCUUGGAUAGACAUUUUGAUAUAAACAAUGUCAAGAGGAUUGUAUUAGAAGCAGAUGGUUAUCAACCUUACCUCAUUUCCCCUGAAAAAGGGCUAAGAUCUUUAAUAAAAGGCGUUCUAGAGCUUGCAAAAGAGCCUUCUCGUCUUUGUGUAGAUGAGGUCCACCGUGUACUCAUUGAUAUUGUAUCAGCUGCUGCAAAUGCUACACCUGGUCUUGGAAGAUAUCCACCUUUCAAGAGGGAGUUAGUGGAAAUCGCAGUUACUGCGCUUGAGGGGUUUAAAAAUGAAUCAAAGAAUAUGGUUGUUGCACUUGUUGACAUGGAGAGAGCAUUUGUGCCUCCACAGCAUUUUAUUCGCUUGGUGCUAAGGCGGAUGGAUAGACAACGACGUGAAGAUGAUGUUAAGAAUCGCUCUUCUAAAAAGGGAUCUGACGCAGAGCAAUCGAUACUUAACAGGGCAACUAGUCCUCAAACUGGAGGCCAACAGAAUGGCGGAAAUUUAAAACCGAUAAAGGAAAAAUCAGGUCAGUCUGAUAAAGACACACAGGAAGGCGCAGCCUUGAAAACUGCAGGAGCUGAAGGGGAGAUAACAGCAGGAUUCAUUUUGAAGAAAAGUGCCAAAACCAAUGAGUGGAGUCGGCGAUGGUUUGUUUUGAAUGAAAAAACUGGAAAGUUCGGUUACACCAAGGCACAAGAAGAGCGACAUUUCCGUGGCGUCAUAACUUUGGAGGAAUGUAAUCUUGAAGAAGUGUCAGAUGAAGAAGAAACUGCUGCCAAAAGUUCCAAAAGCAAGAAGUCUAAUGGGCCCGAUGCUGGCAAAGGACCUAGUCUUAUUUUCAAGCUUUCAAGUCGGGUUCCAUAUAAAACUGUUCUUAAAGCUCAUAGUGCUGUUCUUUUAAAGGCUGAAAGUUUGGCUGACAAAACUGAAUGGUUAAACAAACUGAGAAAUGUGAUAAGUUCUAAAGGAGGUAAAGUGAAGGGUGAAACUACACCUAUGAUGCGGCAAAGCCUUUCUGAUGGUUCUCUAGAAACAAUGACUCGAAGACCUGCUGACCCUGAGGAAGAACUCCGGUGGAUGGCUCAGGAAGUGCGUGGAUACGUUGAAGCUGUUCUAAACAGUCUUGCUGCAAAUGUCCCUAAAGCAGUUGUUCUUUGUCAAGUGGAGAAGGCGAAAGAAGACAUGCUAAAUAAGUUGUACAGUUCUAUAAGUGCCCAAAGCUCGACGAAGAUCGAAGAGCUGCUGCAAGAGGACCACAAUGUAAAACAAAGGAGGCAACGCUUUGAGAAGCAGUCUUCUCUGCUUUCUAAACUAACGAGGCAGCUCAGUAUCCAUGAUAAUCGAGCAGCUGCUGCAUCCUACUCUAAUGGCGGUGAAGCAGAGAGUCCAAAAUUCUCAAGACAGUCCUCAGGUGAUGAAUGGAGAACUGCAUUUGAUUCAGCAGCAGCAAAUGGUCCUAAUUUCUCCCGGUCCGGAUCAGCUGAGCAUAGUCGUCGCUAUGGCGAGUCGGUCCAAAACGGCGAUACAAGUUCACGGUCAAAUUCCACUGGACGCCGGACUCCUAAUCGAAUGCCCCCAACACCCCCUCAGAUGGGAUCUGGUUCUAGAUUUUAGAUGAUUUUUGUGAGUGUUAGUCGUAUGUAUUCUUGAUCGUAUUCUAUCCCAUCCCAUCCCAUCCCAUAAUUCCCAUCCCUAUGCUUAAUCCUAUCCCUUGUUUGAUAGUGUCUUUAUUAUGUACAUAAGUGAUAUCUCUUCCGUUUGUAAUGUUCUUUGCUGGCGAUCUUGGGGGUUUGGUUUAUUGAUUUUGAGAUUGACUUGUAAUGUUUACGUCCACCCGUACUUUAGUUAUUAGCACCACACCUAAGGCAACACAAUUAUGGGACAUUAUAUAUAGAAUUGGAUAAGUUUCUAUUGUUAUAUCUUUUGUUCUAUUUUGUGGUUUAAUAGAUGUGAUUAGGGUAGAGACAGUUCGGUUUUGGACGAAAU